UCUGAAAGCAUCAGCCAGCAGGACAUGUCCUGCUCCGAGGAGCUGCGGUGCUGCCAGUCGGAGAUCCUGGAGCUGAGACGCACGGUGAACGCCCUGGAGGUGGAGCUUCAGGCCCAGCACAGCCUGAAAGACUGUCUGCAGAAUUCCCUGUGUGAGGCUGAUGCUCGCUUCGGCACCGAGCUGGCCCAGAUGCAGAUCCUGAUCAGCAACGUGGAGGAGCAGCUGUCCGAGAUCCGGGCUGACCUGGAGCGACAGAACCAGGAGUACCAGGUGCUGCUGGACGUCAAGGCCCGGCUGGAGUGCGAGAUUGCCACGUACCGGAAACUUCUGGAGAGCGAGGACUGCAA